AUGUCAGCGAGCACGAGCAGUGCUGCAGCACCAGCCAACAGCAGAAAAAGAGACAAGUGUAAUCUUCCUCAGGAUGAGUGUACCGGUAGUUGGUUUUGCCUGAACUCAGACACUGUAGACAGAGAGAGGCCUUAGACCAGACACACACACACACAGGGCUGCUGAUGCUCUGUUGCCUGCUCCUGCACAUGACUCACAGCCCUAGAAUGCACAGAUUAAGACAAAAGACUAAGCCUUGCUUGCUUUCCUGCUGGCUACUGUGAGGGUAUAUUUAGGAACUGUUGAGUAAGGUUAACUGAAAUACAACUCAACCAAACAGCAUCUGUUCAACAUCUUUUCACAGUGGAACUCAUCUUAACAGCUUAUUUUCCAACCACUCCAUAUUUUCUCCACGUCUGAUCUCUCAGAGAGCUGAGACCGAUGGAGAUGAAUGGAUGUGCUUGUCUGAGACUGAGGGGCCUUGUUGCUGUAAUUGAGAAAACACAUUAAUCAAAUCAAAUUGUAUGUAUCACAUGCUUGGUAAACAACAGGUGUAGACUAACAGUGAAAUGCUUUGGGAUAAAUAGUAGAAAAAUAAUAACACAAGGAAUAAAUACACAAUGAGUAACAAUAACUAUAUACACAGGGUACCAGCACCGAGUCGAUGUGCAGGGCUACGACAGACAGAAACUAGCUCCUGGCCAUCAGGCCUGUGAGGUGGCACUGCCAACAGACUGACGUGUCCCUGCCAUGUCUCUGACGCAGUCUGGAGUCUGCUCUGACACCAUGAGUGGCAGGUGGGGAGGAGGAUGGCAGGUGGUAUUGGUGGGGGGCCAAGAUGUUGGGCGGUGGGGGUCCAAUCUGCCAUUUAGAACCCAUGAGUGCAAAGUGAUAAUGGAGGGGUGGUUGCGCCAGAGACUGUUAUGGUGCUGUAUAUGUUCCUGGCCCUAACACAGGAGCGUACACACACACACACAGUGCCCUCGGCAGCUCACUAGAGCGUAAAAAUACUGUUAUUAUUUUCUCCUCUCUGUUAACGUCCUAGGGGAUAACCCAAAUGGUGUGAGUUAUGAUAGAACUGGCUGUGGAGACACAGGUAUAUCUCUCUCUCUCUCUCUCUCUCUCUCUCUCUCUCUCUCUCUCUCUCUCUCUCUCUCUCUCUCUCUCUCUCUCUCUCUCUCUCUCUCUCUCUCGUCCCAGUGCUACUGACGUGGCGCGUGUGUGCUGUCUCCUGUGGCUGUGGCCAAAUCCAGUGUAAGAGCUCCAGGCCUGGGGACAUUCAGGCCGUUCCAACAGGGAGGAGGGAUAGAAGCGUGCCUCUUGCCACCACAGGUGCCUCUCAGAGCGGAACUGUCACGCUCACCAGGAGAGAGAGAGAGCGUGAGAGAGCAAAAGAAGAGGCACAGAGCAAGAGAAAACACCCACUGGGCACAGACGUCAAUUCAACGUCUAUUCCACGUUGGUUCAACAUGGAAUAGACGUAGAAUAGACGUGGAAACAACGUUGAUUCAACCAGUGUGUGCCCAGUGGACAAGAGAGGGAGACCAAGAGUGUGAAAGAUAAAAAAGUGAGAGAGAAAAUGCAGAAAGACUGAGAGAAGGAAAGUGAGAGAGAUAAGGAGAGAGAAAGCAAAGGAAAGAGAGAAAGCAACAGAGAGAGCACCAAUGCUGACCUCUCUUUCUCUCUCUCUCUCCACCAUCUCCCUCCCAGUGCCAUCCUUCCAAGCAGGCAGCUAGGCAUUACCCCACCAGCUGCUUCACUUCUCAACAGACUGGCUAACACUCUAAAGGAAGAGAGGGAUGAGAAAAAGACAGAAUGAAACAGACAGGAAAAGAGGGAUGAGGAGAGAGAAUAAAACAGGGAUGGAGAGAGAGAUAUGAUGAGAGAGAGAAAGAGAGCGAGAGAGUGGAUGGGAGAGUGGAGUAGGUAACAGGGAGAGAAAGGGAUGAGUAGGAGAGAGUGAAAUAAGGAGAAAGGGAGUAUAGUAAAAAACCCUAUCAUAUUUAUGUGCUGUGUGUAUAAUGUGGCCAGCUGUACUGGGAUAUUGAUUGUGUAGAUAUUACCUUGGUUUCCUGGCCCCGAGGAGACUGGAUGGGAACUAGAUUUCAUUUGUAGUUAACAGACGAGCAGUACGGAGGCUUGUCAAAUAAUCAACACUGCCGCCCGUGCUCCUUUGCUUUUAAAUUAGCUGCAUUCUCAGCCGCGAUACUGCACAACGCAGCAUUGAUUUUCAUACUCUGGCUUUUGACAUUUAAUUACACAAGUGAGGGGGUGAGAGAGUGAGAGUGAGAUGCUAUUUCGGCGCUCGCGUCUUUGCCGCUCUCUUGGCCAGCGGGUUGGAGAAUUCAUUUGGCAAAAGUAAAUAACUAAUUUCUCCUCAAAAGAGGAAAGCCUGGAGGUGUGUUUAUCACGGAGCAUGGAGAGUGAAAAGCCAGGGAAAAGACACACAGACACACACACACUCAUGCAUCUACACACUGUUCUCUGGGGCUCUGGGCAAGGGGUUGGAAGCCACACUCCAGUGGUUCGCUUUCUGGGUUGUACAUUUCCACAGUAAACUAUAGACCCUGAUUAGAUUAACUAUAGUGGCAACCCUGAUUAGAAGCACCUGCUGCUCAUCGGUUGUUCUGAAUUAAAAGAAAAUUGUAUCUACACGCUGAAGAAGGCGGUAAAGCCGAAACAUCUGUGUACGCUAUUCCUGAUGCAGUGAAAAUAAUUUACAAAAUUGAAUAAAGAAGUAAGCUUUAUGAGACACCUUUUUGUUUAUGGGAGAUGUCAACCUCCUCUGUGCCUCUAUAACUCUAAAUGUACUGUAAACCUGGACUGUAUCUCUUCCCAUAUUGUACUUGUUCUGCCAAUCAAAACCAGAGGGUGCAUAGUACAAACCGCACUAACAGUAUGAAGUGAGUCAUAGCGUGCUGUAGUGUAGAGGCUGUGGAUUGAUAUGGAGGUGUUGGAGGGAGAUGAUGCAGAGAUGAUGAGGGGGUGGAGUAAGGGUAGGGGGUGCCAAGCCUGAACAGUUUUCUUCUAUUGUCUGAAGUGGAGGAGGCAGUGAGCAGCUCCCACGGAAGUGUCAGUCAGCCGGAGCACCGUUUACACUCAGGAGGACUAGGAGACUGUCUGCAGCCCACCUGUCAGAAGAGGUCCUACUGGAGCACAAACACACAACCAGAUAGAUGAAGACAGGUAGAGAUGACACGAGAGAGAGAGAGAGAGAUGACUGUUAUAUGAGUUUCUCAGGUAUCAAGAAUCAAGGAUGCAAGGAUAUACUUAGACAUUCUGUGGAGAUUUCAUACCCAAGUAUUAUUGAAUCACGAGCUCGUGGGUUCAUCUAACAAACGGACAUGGCUUUGCCCUUCGUCAGUUGAACUAACUUGAACAAAGAAGACACUAUCUUAUAUAGCCUUUAUUACCAUCUUCCUGGCAUACAUCUGGCAAGUCUCCAUGGGCACUCCCUGUCUUUGAUGUUCAUCACUCUUUACCCCAAGUCAGUAUCCUGCCCAUCACUUAUGCUAUUCUAAACAUCACUAAUCUACCUUGACAUAAUGGAAUGUAGACUUCAUGGCCCCAAACCACUCAUCUCUUAACUCUUCCUCUGUCCUCACAAUACUAUGACAUGACAUCAUUACAGUGACCAAGAGAACAGGAAAAUGAAUUGCUUUCUGCGCCCAUGCAGGGGCAAUAAGCAGUGAAAAAUAGAGUGAGGCUCAAUAAAGGCUGUGAUAAAACAGAUGAUAGUGCAUUCAUAAUUGAACAUGCAUCGUGUUAUGGCUCCCAGUCUCUCCCUGCACGCCUAUUGCAUACAUACAUUUUUCAACAGCUGCUUUAGAUGCCAAAUGAGACACAUUAAGUCUAUUGUUCAAACUCUCCUUCAGGCUUUACUGCUGUUUCUUUAACUGCUGUGGGUGUGAGAAUGACAACAUGAAUAUGUGCCUGCAAAUCAGUGUGUGUGUCUGCAUGCAUAUGUAUGUGUGUGUGUGUGUGUUUAUUUAUUUAUUUAACCUUUAUUUAACUAGGCAAGUCAGUUAAGAACAAAUUCUUAUUUACAAUGACGGUGUGUGUGUGUGUGUGUGUGUGUGUGUGUGUGUGUGUGUGUGUGUGUGUGUGUGUGUGUGUGUGUGUGUGUGUGUGUACUGCACAGUACAGUAAACCUGAGGAAGAGUAGGAAUGACCUGAAAGCACAAAGGGAGAAGUGGUUGCCCUUGCAAUCUCAAUGACACGUUUGGGGGGGGUAUUGAAAAGCCACUUGUGAUUCCCCCAGCAUGCUCGUUAGUGGCAGGCGAGGACAUGUUAAUGAACAUGUGCUAAUUUAUUGGCCAGCAGGGUCGGCUAUCGCUUAGAGACAGCAACCCAAGGUUCACUUCAUUUGUCUAGCUACAGUAUGGUCUCUCAUUGCUAAUGCCAGAGAGAAGCGCCACAGUAUUGGCCCACUUUGAUAUUCUACUCCCCCCGGCUAUUACUGCCAGCAUGCAGAGUAUCUGUCUGUCUGUGUGAUACUUACCCAUGAAAUGAGAAGGUUGUCUUUGAUUGCUGAGCAGUAAGAGCUGUAUGAACACAGAGGCAUGAAAGGAUGAAAUGCUGCAGGACCAGACCAGGGUCUUAGAUCAGGCAGAGGCAAAGCAACUCAGUCAGAAUCAGCCUUGGUUCAACACUCAGAGAGAGCAGCUCUCUGUGACAGAUAUACAGUACAGAGGUUGAAGGAGGAGUGCUCCUGUCUUUCCUAGGUCAGAGGGUCUGGUGGGCUGGGGGAGUGGGGGGGAGCGAGAGAGAGAGAGGCAGGUAUGAGCUGAGUGAGAGGAGAAAAAGAGAGAAAGUGAAAUUGAGAGAGAGGGGAAGAGCGAGAGACAUAGAGAGAACAGCUGGUCUGAGCUGAGAGAGAAGGGCCUGUGGAGGCCAGAGAAGAACGUUCAUUAAAUAAUGAUAGGCUUUAUUAAUCAAGGGCAGCUGGAAUACUGUGACAAUGAGACUAGGCGGGAGACAGGGUUUGUGUGUGCGUGCUUGUGUGUGUGCAAGUUAUUAAAGGCUCUUAAAAUGGCGAGGGGAAAUAGUGAGUGCAAACUGCAAGCCAACAGUUUGAGUGUUUUAUUUGUUUGUGGUCUGUAGGCUGGACAAAAUCUAAUUUAAUUAGCACUGUACAAUUAGUUUACUAGCAAACACACACACAAACACCCAUACUGCCUCACUCUUUCUAUAUCCCCCUCUCUCCUUGAAAGACUGCAGUACUUGUGUAUGGACUUCAGCCGAGCUGUCACCCUCAUUACACCCUCAUGACACCCUCUUGCAUUACCCAUCUCAUAUGUAUAUACUGUAUUCUAUACUAUAUAUUGCAUCUUAGCCUAUGCCACUCUGAUAAUGACAUUGCUCAUCCAUAUAUUUAUAUAUUCUUAUUCCAUUCCUUUACUUAGAUCUGUGUGUAUUAGGUUUUUGUUGUGGAACUGUUACAUAUGACUUGCUAGAUAUUGCUGCACUGUCAGAACGAGAAGCACAAGCAUUUCGCUACACUCGCAAUAACCUGCUAACCAUAUGUAUGUGAUCAAUACAUUUGAUUUGAUUUGAUUGAUUUUGACACGGCCCAGCACGCCACACACUACCUCCUGUCCUUCUGAUGACUACGCUAACAAAGACAUGCUGGUGUCUGCUCCCUCUCACGCACGCAGGCAGGCAGGCAGACAGGCACGCGCACACACCAGGGACAGAGUACUGAGUUUAAGAUUUUUUCUUUAACGAGUCUGACGCAAAGGAUUUACUCGAGAUACCCGACCAGGCCCAAUUCCCCGUCAUUCGCAUGAAGAGAAGACGCCGAUACAGGGGAUGCAGGUCCGGGUGCCUUGUGAGAACUCGUCGGCGAGUGGGUAACCCGCCUCUACCAUCCGUCCUAUUGGCCAACUUGCAAUCAUUGGAGAAAAAACAGGAUGAGCUCCGUUCAAGAGUAUCCUACCAACGGCACACUAAAAACGAAUAUCUUACGUUUCACCGAGUCGUGGCUGAACGACAACAUGGAUAAUAUACAGUUGGCUGGUUUUUGUGUGCAUCGGCAAGACAGAACAGCUGCCUCCGGUAAGACAAGGGGUGGUGGUCUGUGUCUAUUUGUCAAUAACAGCUGCUGCGUGAAAUCAAAUAUUAAGGAAGUCUCAAGGAAUUGCACGCCUGAGGUAGAGUAUCUCAUGAUAAGAUGUAGACCAUACUAUUUACCAAGAGAGUUUUCAUCUAUAUUUUUCGUAGCUGUCCAUUAACUACCACAACUCGAUGCUAGCGCUAAGACCGCACUCAACGAGCUGUAUAAAACCACAAGCAAACAAGAAAAUACUCAUCCAGAGGCGGCACUCCUAGUGGCCGGGGACUUUAAUGCAAGGAAACUUGAAUUUACAUUUUAGUCAUUUAGCAGACGCUCUUAUCCAGAGCAACUUACAGGAGCAAUUAGGGUUAAGUGCCUUGCUCAAGGGCACAUCUACAGAUUUUUCACCUAGUCGGCUCCGGGAUGAGAACAAGCGACCUUUUUGUUACUGGCACAAUGCUCUUAACCACUAAGCUACCUGCCCCCUCCCCCAGACCCUAGGCCCAUAAAUCCGUAAAUCCUCAUUUCUACCAGCAUGUGCAACAAUAGGGAAAAAAACUCUAGACCACUUUUACUCCACACACAGAGACGCGUACAAAGCUCUCCCUCACCCUCCAUUUGGCAAAUCUGACCAUAAUUCUAUCCUCCUGAUUCCUGCUUACAAGCAAAAACUAAAGCAGGAAGUACCAGUGACACGCUUAAUAUGGAAGUGGUCAGAUGACACAAAUGCUAAGCUACAGGAUUGUUUUGCUUGCACAGACUGGAAUAUGUUCCAUGACUCAUCCGAUGGCAUUGAGGAGUAUACCACAUCAGUCACCGGCUUCAUCAAUAAGUGCAUCGAUGACGUUGUCCCCACAGUAACCGUACGUACAUACCCCAACCAGAAGCCAUGGAUUACAGGCAACAUCCGCACUGAGAUAAAGGGUAGAGCUGCCACUUUCAAGGAGCGGGACUCUAACCCGGAUGCUUAUAAGAAAUCCUGCUAUGCCCUCAGACGAACCAUCAAACAGGCAAAGUGGAAAUACAGGAAUAAGAUUGAAUCCUAUUACACUGGCUCUGACGCUCGUCGGAUGUGGCAGGGCUUGCAAACUAUUACGGACUACAAAGGGAAGCCCAGCCAUGAGCUGCCCAGUGACACAAGCCUACCAGACGAGCUAAAUUACUUCUAUGCGUGCUUCGAGGCAAGCAACACUGAAGCAUGCAUGACAGCACCAGUUGUUCCAGACGACUGUGUUAUCACGCUCACCAUAACCGAUGUGAGCAAGACCUUUAAACAGGUCAACAUUCACAAGGCUGCAGGGCCAGACGGAUUACCAGGACGUGUACUCGGAGCAUGCGCUGACCAACAACCAAGUGUUUUCACUGACAUUUUCAACCUGUCCCUAGCCGAGUCUGUAAUACCUAUGUUUCAAGCAGACCACCAUAGUCCCUGUGCCCAAGAACACCAAGGUAACCUGCCUAAAUGACUACCGACCCAUAGCACUCACGUCUGUAGCCAUGAAGUGCUUUGAAAGGCUGGUUAUGGCUCACAUCAACACCAUCAACACCAUCAUCCCAGAAACCCUAGACCCACUCCAAUUUGCAUACCGCCCCAACAGAUCCACAGAUGACGCAAUCUCUAUUGCACUCAACACUGCCCUUACCCACCUGGACAAAAGGAACACCUACGUGAGAAUGCUGUUCAUUGACUACAGCUCAGCGUUCAACACCACAGUGCCCUCAAAGCUCAUCACUAAGCUAAGGACCCUGGGACAAAACACCUCCCCCUGCAACUGGAUCCUGGACAUCCUGACGGGCCGCAACCCCAGGUGGUAAGGGUAGGCAACAACACAUCUGCCACACUGAUCCUCAACACGGGGGCCCCUCAGGGGUGUGUGCUCAGUCCCCUCCUGUACUCCCUGUUCACCCAUGACUGCAUGGCCAGGCACGAAUCCAACACCAUCAUUAAGUUUGCUGACGACACAACAGUGGUAGGCCUGAUCACCGACAACGAUGAGACAGCCUAUAGGAAGGAGGUCAGUGACCUGGCCGUGUGGUGCCAGGAUAACAACCUCUCCCUCAACGUGAUCAAGACAAAGGAGAUGAUUGUGUACUACAGGAAAAAAAAGAGGAUUGGGCACGCCCCCAUUCUCAUCGACGAGGCUGUAGCUUCAAGUUCCUUGGUGUCCACAUCAACAACAAACUAUCAUGGUCCAAACACACCAAGACAGUUGUGAAGAGGGCACGACAAAGCCUAUUCCCCCUCAGGAGACUGAAAUGAUUUGGCAUGGGUCAAUCAAUCAAUCAAUCAAUCAAUUUUAUAUAGCCCUUCGUACAUCAGCUAAUAUCUCGAAGUGCUGUACAGAAACCCAGCCUAAAACCCCAAACAGCUAGUAAUGCAGGUGUAGAAGCACGGUGGCUAGGAAAAACUCCCUAGAAAGGCCAAAACCUAGGAAGAAACCUAGAGAGGAACCAGGCUAUGAGGGGUGGCCAGUCCUCUUCUGGCUGUGCCGGGUGGAGGUUAUAACAGAACCAUGCCAAGAUGUUCAAAAAUGUUCAUAAGUGACAAGCAUGGUCAAAUAAUAAUCAGGAAUAAAUCUCAGUUGGCUUUUCAUAGCCGAUCAUUAAGAGUUGAAAACAGCAGGUCUGGGACAGGUAGGGGUUCCAUAACCGCAGGCAGAACAGUUGAAACUGGAAUAGCAGCAAGGCCAGGCGGACUGGGGACAGCAAGGAGUCACCACGGCCGGUAGUCCCGACGUAUGGUCCUAGGGCUCAGGUCUCUCAGUUGGCUUUUCAUAGCCGAUCAUUAAGAGUUGAAAACAGCAGGUCUGGGACAGGUAGGGGUUUCGUAACCGCAGGCAGAACAGUUGAAACUGGAAUAGCAGCAAGGCCAGGCGGACUGGGGACAGCAAGGUGUCAGCAUGCCCGGUAGUCCUGACGUAUGGUCCUAGGGCUCAGGUUCUCAGAGAGAAAGAGAGAACGAGAGAAUUAGAGAGAGCAUACUUAAAUUCACACAGGACACUGGAUAAGACAGGAGAAGUACUCCAGGUAUAACCAACUAACCCCAGCCCCCCGACACAUAAACUACUGCAGCAUAAAUACUGGAGGCUGAGACAGGAGCGGUCCGGAGACACUGUGGCCCCAUCCGAAGAAACCCCCGGACAGGGCCAAACAGGAAGGAUAUAACCCCACCCACUCUGCCAAAGCACAGCCCCCGCACCACUAGAGGGAUAUCCUCAACCACCAACUUACAAUCCUGAGACAAGGCCGAGUAUAGCCCACAGAGGUCUCCACCACAGCACAAACCAAGGGGGGGCGCCAACCCAGACAGGAAGAUCACGUCAGUAACUCAACCCACUCAAGUGACGCACCCCUCCUAGGGACGGCAUGAAAGAGCACCAGCAAGCCAGUGACUCAGCCCCUGUAAUAGGGUUAGAGGCAGAGAACCCCAGUGGAGAGAGGGGAACCGGCCUGGCAGAGACAGCAAGGGCUGUUCGUUGCUCCAGAGCCUUUCCGUUCACCUUCACACUCCUGGGCCAGACUACACUCAAUCAUAUGACCUACUGAAGAGAUAAGUCUUCAGUAAAGACUUAAAGGUUGAGACCGAGUCUGCGUCUCUCACAUGGGUAGGCAGACUGUUCCAUAAAAAUGGAGAUCUAUAGGAGAAAGCCCUGCCUCCCGCUGUUUGCUUAGAAAUUCUAGGGACAAUUAGGAGGCCUGCGUCUUGUGACCGUAGCGUACGUAUUGGUAUGUACGGCAGGACCAACUCGGAAAGAUAGGUAGGAGCAAGCCCAUGUAACGCUUUAUAGGUUAACAGUAAAACCUUGAAAUCAGCCCUUGCCUUAACAGGAAGCCAGUGUAGGGAAGCUAGCACUGGAGUAAUAUGAUCAAAUUUCUUGGUUCUAGUCAGGAUUCUAGCAGCCGUAUUUAGCACUAACUGAAAUUUAUUUAGUGCUUUAUCCGGGUAGCCGGAAAGUAGAGCAUUGCAGUAGUCUAACCUAGAAGUAACAAAUGCAUGGAUUAAUUUUUCUGCAUCAUUUUUGGACAGAAAAUUUCUGAUUUUUGCAAUGUUACGUAGAUGGAAAAAAGCUGUCCUUGAAACAGUCUUGAUAUGUUCGUCAAAAGAGAGAUCAGGGUCAAGAGUAACGCCGAGGUCCUUCACAGUUUUAUUUGAGACGACUUUACAACCAUCAAGAUGAAUUGUCAGAUUUAACAGAAGAUCUCUUUGUUUCUUGGGACCUAGAACAAGCAUCUCUGUUUUGUCCGAGUUUAAAAAUAGAAAGUUUUCAGCCAUCCACUUCCUUAUGUCUGAAACACAGGCUUCUAGCGAGGGCAAUUUUGGGGCUUCACCAUGUUUCAUUGAAAUGUACAGCUGUGUGUCAUCCGCAUAGCAGUGAAAGUUAACAUUAUGUUUUCGAAUAACAUCCCCAAGAGGUAAAAUAUAUAGUGAAAACAAUAGUGGUCCUAAAACGGAACCUUGAGGAACACCGAAAUGUACAGUUGAUUUGUCGGAGGACAGACCAUUCACAGAGAAACUGAUAUCUUUCCGACAGGUAAGAUCUAAACCAGGCCAGAACUUGUCCGUGUAGACCAAUUUGGGUUUCCAGUCUCUCCAAAAGAAUGUGGUGAUCGAUGGUGUCAAAGGCAGCACUAAGGUCUAGUAGCACGAGGACAGAUGCAGAGCCUCGGUCUGACGCCAUUAAAAGGUCAUUUACCACCUUCACAAGUGCAGUCUCAGUGCUAUGAUGGGUCCUCAGAUCCUCAAAAGUUAUACAGCUGCACCAUCGAGAGCAUCCUGACUAGUUGCAUAACCGCCUGGUAUGGCAACUGGUCGGACUCCGCCGCAAGGCGCUACAGAGGGUAGUGCAUACGGCCCAGUACAUCACUGGGGCCAAGCUUCCUGCCAUCCAGGACCUCUAUGCCAGGCGGUGUCAGAGGAAGGCCCUAAAAAUUGCCAAAGACUCCAGCCACCCUAGUCAUAGACUGUUCUCUCUGCUACCGCACGGCAAGCGGUACUGGAGCGCCAAGUCUAGGUCCAAAAGGCUUCUUAACAGCUUCCACCCCGAAGACAUAAGCCUGCUGAACAGCUAAUCAAAUGGCUACCCAGACUAUUUGCAUCGACCCCCCCGUUUAUAAACUAUUAUCUAUGCAUUGUUACUUUACCCCUACCUACAUCUACACCACCGGUCAAAAGUUUUAGAACACUUACUCAUUCAAGGGUUUUUCUUUAUUUUUAUAUUGUAGAAUAAUAGUGAAGACAUCAAAACUAUGGAACAACACAUAUGGAAUCAUGUAGUAACCAAAAAAGUGUUAAACAAAUCAAAAUAUAUUUUAUAUUUGAGAUUCCUCAAAUAGCCAACCUUUGCCUUGAUGACAGCUUUGCACACUCUUGGCAUUCUCUCAACCAGCUUCAUGAAGUAGAAUGCAUUUCAAUUAACAGGUGUGCCUUGUUAAAAGUUAAUUUGUGGAAUUUCUUUCCUUCUUAAUGCGUUUGAGCCAAUCAGUUGUGAUGUGACAAGGUAGGGGGGGUAUACAGAAGAUAGCCCUAUUUGGUAAAAGACCAAGUCCAUAUUAUGGCAAGAACAGCGCAAAUAAGCAAAGAGAAACGACAGUCCAUCAUUACUUUAAGACAUGAAGGUCAGUCAAUACGGAACAUUUCAAGAACUUGUGAAGUCGCAAAAACCAUCAAGCGCUAUGAUGAAACUGGCUCUCAUGAGGACCGCCACAGGAAAGGAAGUCCCAGAGUUACCUCUGCUGCAGAGGAUAAUGUCACGAUCGAUUACGGACGAGAAGGACCAAGGCGCAGCAUGAUAUGCAUUCAUAUUUAUUUACGGCUAACACACGACAAAACAACAAACGAAACGUGAAGUCCAAGAUAGCAUACAAACAACAUACCUUACACCGAACAAGAUCCCACUAGUGCCAACAGGCUACCUAAGUAUGGACCCCAAUCAGAGACAACGAGCUACAGCUGCCUCUGAUUGGGAACCACCCUGGCCAACAUAGAUCUAAACGAUCUAGAAACUAAACAUAGAAAACACAACAUAGAAACUACACACCCUGGCUCAACAUUUAAGAGUCCCCAGAGCCAGGGCAUGACAGAUAAGUUCCUUAGAGUUACCAGCCUCAGAAAUUGCAGCCCAAAUAAAUGCAUCACAGAGUUCAAGUAACAGACACGUCUCAACAUCAAAUGUUCAGAGGAGACUGUGUGAAUCAGGCCUUCAUGGUCGAAUUGCUGCAAAGAAACCACAACUAAAGGACACCAAUAAGAAGAAGAGACUUGCUUGGGCCAAGAAACACGAGCAAUGGACAUUAGACCGGUGGAAAUUUGUCCUUUGGUCUGGAGUCCAAAUUGGAGAUUUUUGGUUCCAACCACAGCGUCUUUGUGAGACGCGGUGUGGAUGAACGUAUGAUCUCUGCAUGUGUAUUUCCCACCAUAAAGCAUCGAGGAAGAGGUGUUAUGGUGUGGGGGUGCUUUGCUGGUGACACUGUCUGGGAUUUAUUUAGAAUUCAAGGCACACUUAACCAGCAUGGCUACCACAGCAUUCUGCAGCGAUUCGCCAUCCCAUCUGGUUUGGGCUUUGUGGGACUAUCAUUUGUUUUAAACAGGACAAUGACCCAACACAUCUCCAGGCUGUGUAAGGGCUAUUUUACAAAGGAGAGUGAUGGAGUGCUGCGUCAGAUGACCUGGCCUCCACAAUCCCCCGACCUCAACCAAAUUGAGAUGGUUUGGGAUGAGUCGGACCGCAGAGUGAAGGAAAAGCAGCCAACAAGUGCUCAGCAUAUGUGGGAACUUCUUCAAGACUGUUGGAAAAGCAUUCCAGGUGAAUCUGGUUGAGAGAAUGCCAAGAGUGUGCAAAGCUGUCAUCAAGUCAAAGGGUGGCUACUUGAAGAAUCUCAAAUAUAAAAUGUAUGUUGAUUUAUUUAACACUUUUUUGGUUACUACAUGAUUCCAUAUGUGUUAUUUCAUAGUUGUGAUGUCUUCACUAAUAUUCUACAAUGUAGAAAAUAGUAAAAAUAAAGAAAAACCUUUGAAUGAGUAGGUGUUCUAAAACUUUUGACCAGUAGUGUACAUAUUACCUCAAUUCCCUCGACUAACCUGUAUCGCCGCACAUUGUCUCGGUACCGGUACCCCCUGUAUAUAGCCUCAUAAUUGUUAGUUUAUUGUUGCUCUUUUAUUUUAUUUUUUACUUUAGUUUAUUUAGUAAAUAUUUUUCUUAACACUUAUUUUUCUUAAAACUGCAUUAUUUGUUAAGAGCUUGUAAGUAAUCAUUUACAUUUACAUUUUAGUCAUUUAGCAGACGCUCUUAUCCAGAGCGACUUACAGUUAGUGAGUGCAUACAUUUCCAUACUGGCCCCUGGCAUUUCACGGUAAGGUCUACACCUGUUGUAUUCGGCGCAUGUGACAAAUACAAUUUGAUUUGAUUUGAUCUCUCAUCCUGUGGUCCUGGCGGUGUGGUGUGUGUGUGUGUGAGAGAGAGAGUUUAUGAAGACAUCUGUGUGCUGUUUCAUUAGUCCUGACUCACACUUCACGUCAUGGGGAUAUAUGAGAGCUUCCCGUCAUCGCAACUGUCCCCCAAGGAGUACAUCCCCAACAAAGCCACUGGGUGUGUGUCUCUGUCUCAGGCCUUUAGUCAACACAACAAUUACUAGGCCAUGAUUUACACUGCUUAGCUGAAGACAACAGUGAGCGCUAACACGCUCAAUAACUCAUCGGAAUACAUCUGCAGCACUAAAUAGAUUUAUGCGUCAGAAUAACAUAACAUGAUUAUGAGUGUCCACUCUCCGCCCCAUUUAUCUGUUCCCAUCCCUCCUGUGUCUCAUCACACAAACCCAUCAAACCUCAAUGUCUCAGACUGUUUAUAAUACUGAACUGUACGUAUGACAUGGCGGGGCUAAGAGACAGGGGGCCCUCCCUCUGACAGUGAAGGAGCAUGGAAGAUUGUAUGUUCAUUUACUCUGCAGACACUCCCCCAUCGCAUCAGUCAUCAUCACCAAACCCGUCUGAUCAUUCAGGUAAGCCCUGAUAAUGAUUCUCCCAUUCACUAUAUGGAUUGUAUGAAUUGAAAGUGUCAUUCAAGCCUCUUUGAAAAACAGUUGUUAUGUCCCUACUCCAGCAGGGUUUGGAUCUCUCAUUAAUUUGUAUGCUCACUUAUUUGAUCAAGUAUGCCGCCAGGUUUAAACAUCUGAAUACACACACACACACAAGUGCAUGCACACACACACACCUAGCAUGUGCACGCACGCACGCACCACACACACAAAACUGUAAAUGUAUUGCACAGCAACAAAUCAUUACUUUGAAGUCAUGUACCAUGAGCCCUAAUUAAACUGCCAAGGUUUGCAGCACGCACAACUUAUCAUUACACUGAAUAACAAAAAGUAAUCCAACUCUGAGUGUACAAAACAUUAGGAACACCUGCUCUUUCCAUGAUAUAGACUGACCAGGUGAAUCCAGGUGAACUAUGAUCCCUUAUUGAUGUCACUUGUUAAAUCCACUUCAAUGUAGAUGAAGGGGAGGAGACAGAUUAAAGAAGGAUUUUUAAGCCUUGAGACAAUUGAGACAUGGAUUAUGUAUGUGUGCCAUUAUGAGGGUGAAUGGGCAAGACAAACGAUUUAAGUGCCUUUGAACGGGGUAUGGUAGUAGGUGUCAGGCACACCGGUUUGAGUGUGUCAAGAACUGCAACGCUGCUGUGUUUUUCACGCUCAACAGUUUCCCGUGUGUAUCAAGAAUGGUCCACCACCCAAAAUACAUUGUCACGAUCGUCGUAAUGAGUGGACCAAGGCGCAGCGUGAAAUGCGUACAUCUGAGUACUAUUAACAAUAACAAAACAACAAAACAAUAACAUAAACACAAACCUACACGGAAAAAGAUCCCACAAAAGACAAGUGCACAACAGGCUGUCUAAGUAUGGUUCCCAAUCAGAGACAACGAGCCACAGCUGUCUCUAAUUGGGAACCACCCCGGCCAACAUAGAAACACAUAAACUAGAACAAGAACAUAGAAAACGAAACAUAGAACCUAACACCCAGAAACUAACACAUAGAAACUAACACCCUGGCUCAACAUAUAAAAGUCCCCAGAGCCAGGGCGUGACAGACAUCCAGCCAACUUGACACAACUGUGGGAAACAUUGGAGUCAACAUGGGCCAACAUCCCUGUGGAACGCUUUCGUCACCUUGUAGAGUCCAUGCCCAGACGAAUUGAGUCUGUUCUGAGGGCAAAAAGGGGUGCACCACAAUGUCAGGAGGGUGUUCCUAAUGUUUUGUACCCUCUGUGUACAUGUAUAUUAUUUUGAGUUGAGUGUAAUUUCACUGAAUAUUCAACGGAUGAUAAAUGUGAACCUAUUCAACCCCUACAAACCACUCCACUCUAGAUUUAAUUGCAGUUGUAUUGCAGAGUCCUAAUUAUGCUGAAUGGAUGUGAAUAAUGAGUCUGGCCACAGCUCUCCCUGGGUGAGUAAUAGUGAACAGUGAAACCAGCUGUGGAGGGCUGCAAUGAUCAGAGGCUUCCCUGUCUGUAGUAAGCACCAGGCUGCACAGUCUGAUGGCCAAUCUGUAGACCAUGCUGUCUAGACCAUGCUGAAGUACUAUAUUGAGUCCAUGUAAAUAAUACAUGUACCCAUUACUGUACCUACUGUAUCCUACCCAGUACCCACUAGACAGUAAACUUAAUUUGAUUCAUGUGUAUCUUCUCUCUCCCUGUCUGUACUGUGUGUUUGCAGACAGCUUGGCGGCUCCUGUCAAUGUGACCAUCAAGGCUCUGAAGGCCAACUCUGCUGUGGUGACAUGGGACAUCCCCGAGGGGGACCUCGUCAUCGGCUUCGCCAUCACACAGCAGGUGAGAGAGAGGGAGCGCAGUGCGGGUGGGAGGAGACCCACACGCACAGACACACACACACACACACACACACUCACGCCAACAGGAGAUCAAAUAGUACUUCUCACCAAUCGUUACCCACCGUCUCUCCAUGGCGUCCCUGCGUUGCCGGCCAGCUGCUUGUUUUGCGGAACCGUUGUGUCACGGGACGUUGUGUUGCCGGAACGAUCCCGUCAGAGCGCCUGUCUCCUCGACAACAGCAGUGGACAAUGGCAGCUGUGUAAAGAGGGAAAGCAAUAACAUUUCCCACUUGCACACAGUCACUCUACCCUGCACAAUGGUUAGGCUCCAUUCUAGCCCAUCAGGCAGAUGAUUUCCUGGUCCCAGAGGCCCAGCUAAGAGCCCUGAUCCUGCCCAUCUCCUGACUGAUGCCCCCUCUCUCCACUCCUCCACAUACAGCUCCUCCACACAGUCUAUUUCUGUCUACCAUUACUGUACAGUAUGUGAUAACUGGGAGUGAAGAGACUUCUAUUCAACAUCAGUGGAUAGUUUUGUGAUACACUGCUCACUAAAAGCCCCUCUGUGAUAAUGUGCCAACAGAAGAAGGACGUGCGCAUGCUGCGCUUCAUCCAGGAAGUGAACACCACCACCCGCUCCUGUGCAUUAUGGGACUUGGAGGAGGAGACCGACUACAUUGUGCACGUGCAGUCCAUCAGCGUGAGUGGGCCCAUGAGUCCGCACAGCGAACCCCUGCGCUUCCGCACAACCAAGGAGGCCGAGACACAAGCCUCCAAGAGUAAAGGUAAAAAUCUCAACAAACCUCACACACACACACAACUUUAG